AUCAGCGUUUGUUUUCAAUUGAAACCAUAUAUCAAAAUGAAGCCCAUAGCGUGUCUUUUAUUUUUGCUCCUAUCAACAGUAUAUGGAGCAAAAAUUGGAUUCCGUGAUUAUCACAAAGAAAUUGGGAUCCCAUUAGCUAAAAAGCUAAUGAAAUUGGAAACUGAAAUUAUUGCUAAAUAUGGGUUAAGUGGUGGACGAAUUGCUGGAGGAUCAUUUAUUGAUAUUGCGGAGACACCAUAUCAGGCAGCAGUAGUGAUCGAAACUCCUGAACUCAACCACCUCUCCCUAUGCGGAGGAGCGCUCAUCUCUUCCACCAGGGUGCUGACUGCUGCUCAUUGUCAACUCAGACAGGCUAUCUACACUAUAGGUUUAGGAUCCAACUUUGCAUUUCACGGGGGAGUCAGGGCACCUGCCACUGUCUUCAUACCCCACCCUGGUUAUAUUCAUGGUGCCUGGAGUUUGAUCCACGAUAUUGCUAUGAUUCACAUAGAGAGUGUUCAAUUUUCCACUGUAAUUCAGCCCGUAUCUCUGCCCAACCAGGAAGAGCUUGCAAACAAUUUUGCUGGGCAACCGGCGCUAAUAUCUGGCUUCGGUAUCACACCAAAAGUGCCAACUUUGACAAUGAAUCAAGUACUGAGCGCAGUGGAUGUGCAAGUCAUAACGCCCGCGGAGUGCGGACAAAGUUACGGGACAAUUGGCUCUCGGGAUGAGACCCUCUGCACAGGUGGAGCUGGUAACGUAGGCGCUUGCUCCAGUGAUUCUGGUGGGCCUUUGACUGUUGUCAGUAACAACAGGAGAAUCCUGGUUGGAAUAGUGUCGUUUGGUGGAGGCUGCGGAUCGGAGUCCCCCACUGGCUUUGUGAGAGUUAAUCAGUACUACUCCUGGAUAUUGAGUAAUUUUUGCAGUCAAUCAUUAGCGGUAUACCUAAUUAAAAUGAAGGCAAUACUCGCAUUUUUCUUAGUACUAUCAACAGUAUACAGUGCUAAUAUAGGAUUUCGUGAUUAUCACAAUGAAAUUGGUAUUCCAUUUGCGAAGAAGUUAAAACAGUUUGAACAUGGAGUAAUCACCAAAAUGGGAGAUGAAUUAAGUAUACACAGAAUAGGAGGAGGGUCAUUAACUGACAUUUCAAAAAUCCCACAUCAGGCAGGUGUGGUGAUAGAAUUAUCUCCCAGCUCAGUGUCAUGCUGUGGGGGAAUCCUCAUUUCAUCGACGAGGGUAUUGACAGCAGCGCACUGCCAAUUUGAUAACGCAUCAUACGUUGUAGCUCUAGGGAGCAACUUCGUUUUCUACGGCGGUCUCAGAGUCAAUGUCACAGACUUCAUCCCACACCCCGAGUAUGUCCCUGAAGACACCACGCACAUUCAUGACAUCGCCAUGCUUCAUAUACCAGCCGUUUCAUUCACUAAUACGAUCCAGCCGAUAUCUCUCCCUAAUACAGAUGAGGCAUCUUGUGAUUUUGCUGGAAUGAUGGCGGUGAUUUCCGGCUAUGGUGUCACACCCGAAGCUCCAUCGUUGCAUUGGAAUCAAGUGUUGAAAGCAGUCGAAGCUCAAGUGAUAACGCCAGCUCAAUGUGGUGCUUUGUACGGGACCACGGGUUCCAGAGACGAAAGCAUUUGUACCAGUGGUACUGGAGGAGUGGGGAUAUGCGUCGGUGACUCUGGCGGACCUUUGACGGUUGAGAGUAAUAACAGGAGAAUACUAAUUGGAUUAUCAUCUUUUGGAGCCGGUUGCGGGUCUGUUUUCCCCAGUGGGUACGUCAGAAUAACGCAAUAUCUCUCCUGGAUAUUAAGUACUUGAUGUGUUGCCAUUUUGAUAAGAAAUGUUAUAUAAUGACUGUCAAAAAUUGUUUGGUUUAUGAAAUAGCGUGUUUUGUUGACGAAUAUAAUAGACACACAUAAAAAUCUUUUAUAAAGUAUAUUGUUAUGACUCUUUUAAAUACAUUCGAUAAAAAUAUAGAAAGCAUAUUUUUUAUGUGUAAGUACAACAGAUUCAUAAUCAAACGACUUACGUAAAGCGUAUUAUGUUUAAUUUUUUUCCUUUUUUUUACUGAUAAAAUGGCCCUAACCGCUCAUGACUUAUUAUUGUCAACAUAAUCUCUGGUAGUAACAAGUUACGUAGUAUUUUAUAUUAAAAUUAUAAAUAUUUCAAAUCUGAUAUAGAUUUAAGUUAGACCAUCUGCUAUAAAAAAUAUCAUAUAAAACCACAUCGAAUUCCAUCCAAUAGAUUUUGCAUAAUGCGCAAAUAAACAUACAGACAGAGAGGCACAAAAAUUCUAAAAAAUGAAUCACCAUAAUUGUUUUCCUUUAUAUCUCCUAUGCACAGACAUAGACCCCCUACAGUUUUAUUAUAUA